UAUGUUUAUGCGCAAAAAGGUUGAUCAAUCAAACCAUCAAAUUAGGAAUUGCUUUAAGGGAGAUGCAUCGCUAUAAAGACGCCUUAGCAUGUUUUGAUCAGGCUAUUGAAAAGAAUCCAGAAGAUUAUGAAUACUUUAUUCAUAAAGGUUACAUUAACAAUAAUAUAAUUUAGGCGACACCUUACGAUUCAUGAAUAGAGCUAAAGAAGCUCUAGAUUGUUAUCAUUAGGCAAUUUAGAGAUCUCCAAAUGAUGAAAAAACUUAUGAAGCAAAAGGUAAAAUUAAUCAUCAUUAUUUUAAAGCUUAGGCAUUAAGACUUUAAAACAGGUAUGAAGAAGCUCUGAUGUACUUUGAUAAAGCAAUUCAAAUAAAUCCUACAAAAUGGAUUUUGUACUCAGGAAAAGGUUUAUAUAAAUUGAAUCAAAAUAGGUGAUACAUUAAGAGAUAUGAAUCGUUAUGAAGAUUCUUUAAAAUAUUUUGAUUUAGCAAUUUAAUACAAUCCGGAGGACUCAUAAUAAUAUGGAGCAAAAGGUAUGCAUUAGAUAAUAUAAUAAGCGGAUUCAUUAAGACAUCUUAAUCGAUUUGAUGAAGCGUUAAAAUAUGCAAAUUUGGCAUUAAAGUGGAACCCAAAUCUGGCUGAUAAUUAUGAACUAAAAGGUAUAUUUAAUUCAAAUAAAAGCAAACAUAUUAAAAUUUUAAUUAAAGAUUGAAGAAGCUUUGAAGUUUUUUGAUGAGGCAAUUAAAAGAAAUCCAGAAGGUUCUAAAUAUUAUGCAGAAAAAGGUAGAUAUAUUUAUAAAUUAAUAUUAAAUUUUAGCUGAUACAUUAAGAGCAGUUAAUCGAAAUUAAGAUGCUUUGAAAUUUUGUGAUAUAGCUCUUAGGAUAGAGCCAUACAACCCUAAUUAUAUCCUAAUCAAAAGUAAAGACUCAUUAUUUUCUAAGUUGUAACUCUAAUGUAAAUGAAUCGUUGGAAUGAAUCAUCAGAAUUAUAUUAACUCUUAUAAUAUCUUUGUCCAAAUAAACAAUAGCUUGAACAUUUUAAUAGUUAAUAUAUAGAAAUAUUUUUAGGGGCUAUAUUAAUCUAAAUGUAACAAUACAAUUAAAGUUUCGGAUAAUAUUGA